AUGAGUUGUCUAGUUGAGAGGGACAAACUUCGAACCUUAGAACUAGCCAAAAUCGAAUUGCAACAUUUAGAAAAUUGGGAUAAACAUAAUACGUCAACUUUAAACAAGAAAGGAAAUCCUGCACUAGAAGGAAAUUCCUUCAAGUCACCCCUUGAGAUUCCAAGGAAUUUUUGUAAGACGGGUGCCAAUUGUGAUAAGAUAUUAAGUAACCAAGACAUAAUAAUAAGUAACCAAGAACAAAUACUUAACCAAGUAUCAGGUUUUAAUGUUACUUUGGAAGAACUUAUAAAUAGGUAUUAUAAAAUCGAGAAGCGCCUUGAAGCUCAAACAGCCCCACUAGUUCCAUACACAAAUGUAUUGAGCCAAUCAAAUGAUUUUGAACCGGUUAAUUCAGAAGAAGACAUUAAUUUUCUAGAAGAGCAACUGAAGGAUGAGCUGUACAUGAAUGCGUUAGUGGAAAAACUUAGUAUCAUUUGCGGGAGAACUGGAAAAGAACAUGGAUUUAACGCAUGUUACACGUUGGUGGAUAACUUAUUUACCAGGCACUUCAUGACGCUUUGUUCCUGGGCUGGAGGUUCUCGUAACGAAGUGAACAAAAUUUCCUUUAAAACCUACAAGAACACCAUCAAGUUAUUUUUCAAAAUAAUACUCUUAGCGGACUACACAUUUACCCAUGAAAAUUUGCAACAAUUUUUUAAAUCGGUGUUGAAGAAUGCAACACGCCGUAAUGCCGUAGCUGAAAAUGCAAGAACUUCAAGAUCUAAGAAAAGGCCCAAGAAGUUAGUGUAUCACCUAAAAAGGGGUGAACGAGGAAGUGACGUGGACAUUCAACUGAAUACGGACAUUGGUAAUUUCGAAGGACAAGUCAGUGUGAAUUAUGAAGAUUUUAAUAUUGAUGUUUUAAAUAACAAAAAUUUUCCGACUGAGAAUUAG